UUCAGCUCACACAUUCUUCACUUUCAAUAUCAAAAAACAUUUUCCGACGGAUUUUUGGAGGGGAUCACCAUGUUCUGCUGUAGGUUAAGUCUAUUUUGUGUUCUAGGCAUUCUAUGCAUCUGUUUCUUUGCUGGAAGUUCUCAUUCAAAGAAAUGUGUGGAACCAGAGAGGCAAGCUCUCCUCAGGUUAAAAGCUGGUUUCGUUCGUGGAAGGGAAGUUCUUUCUUCAUGGAAAGGUGAAGAUUGUUGCAAAUGGCAAGGAAUUUUAUGUGAUGACUUAACUUGUCAUGUAACCGGUUUGGAUCUUGAUUCAGACUUGGGUGAUCAAUUGGAAGGUAAGUUAGAUUCCUCCAUAUGUGAACUGCAACAUCUGACUUCCUUAAAUCUCAAUAGUAAUUUCUUAGAAGGAAAGAUCCCAAAGUGCAUUGGCUCACUUGGUCAGUUGAUAGAGUUGGAACUUAAAGAGAAUGAAUUUGUUGGUGUCAUUCCAUCCACUUUGGGUAACCUUUCCCAUUUGCAAACUCUCCAACUUGGGUACAAUUUUCAUUUGAAUACAAAUGACCUUGAAUGGGUGUCUCACCUGUCUAAUUUGAGAUUCCUUAAUCUAGAACUUGUGAAUCUUAGUCAAGCUAUUGAUUGGCUGUCAUCAAUAAACAAAAUCCCUUCUCUAUCAGAGCUUUAUUUAUGUGAAUGUGGGCUCCCUCAAGUUAAUCCUAAAUCUAUCCCCCACUUGAAUUCUUCAACUUCUCUAAAGAAACUUGAUCUUUCAUAUAAUAAUUUAAACACUUUGACUCUCUUAUUGGUGCUUAAUGUUAGCAAAGUCCUCACCAAUCUUGAUCUCAGUGGUAAUGAACUUGAGGGUGGCUUACCAGAAUCCUUUCAGAGUUUAUGUCAACUUAAAGAGUUACAACUAACUGACAACAACUUAUCUGGCCAGCUUAAUGACAACAUACAACAAUUGCGUUGUGCACAAAAUGGCUUAGAGGUGUUGCAACUCGACCAUAACCCAUUUAGUAGUGGGCAACUCCCUGAUUUUUCAUGGCUUUCGUCCUUAAGAAAAUUAUCUCUUCAAAAUACUAGUAUUAUUGGGUCUUUUCCACAAUUAUCUGGCCACAUGCCUCAUCUUGAUUUUUUGGAUCUUUCUUAUAAUCGGUUGAAUGGUGUGGGUAGCAUAAAUGAAGCACAUUUGUCCAAUCUCUCAACUCUACGUGUCAGUUUCAAUGAGUUAAGCGGAUCACUUCCAUUAUUUGAGAUUUCUAAACUUGCAUCGUUAGAAGUAUUGGAUCUCUCCAAUAAUCACUUGAAUGGAUCACUUCCACUUUCUAUUGGACAACUCUCCAAUCUUGAUGGAUUAUAUCUCUUUUCAAAUAAGUUGAAUGGUUUCAUCACUGAAGCACAUCUAUCAAACCUAUCUAGAUUGACAAAACUGGGGGUGUCUCAAAAUUCACUUUCAUUCAACUUGAGUUCAAAUUGGGUUCCACCUUUUCAACUACAAGGUUUAUAUGCAUCAUCGUGCAUUUUGGGUCCAAAAUUUCCAACUUGGCUCAAACAUCAAAGAAACCUUACAGAAUUGGACAUCUCUUACGCUGGCAUUUCAGAUUUGCUUCCUAAAUGGGUUUGGGACCAAUAUUCCAGUUUAUGGUAUUUGAAUGCUUCAUAUAACAAACUUAGUGGAGCUAUAUCAAAAUCAGUGCAGAGUCUGAAACCAGUACACUCUGGAACAUGGGAUUUUAGUUUCAACAACUUGAAUGGUCCAUUGCCUCCUUUUCCAAAAGUGGGAGCUCUAUUUCUCUCAAAUAAUAGGUUCUCGGGGUCUCUAUCUUCUUUUUGUGCAUCCUCACCAUGGGAAUUAACCUAUCUUGACCUGUCUAGAAACUUGCUAGAAGGGCCAAUACCGAAUUGUUGGGGGAAAUUUCAAAAUUUGGAAUAUCUGAAUUUGGCCAAAAACAAAUUAUCAGGGAGAAUACCCAAUUCAUUUGGCACUUUACGACAAAUGGUGUCACUCCAUUUAAACAACAACAACUUGUCUGGUGAAAUCCCAUCUCUGGCCCUUUGUACCAACUUGGGUAUCUUGGAUCUAGGAGAUAACAAUCUCCAAGGAACAUUACCUGCAUGGGUAGGCUAUCACUUGCAUCAUUUGAUUGUUUUGAGUCUACGAGCAAAUAAGCUCGAAGGAAGAUUGCCUGAAAGUUUGUGUAAUCUACCAUUUCUUCAAGUUUUAGAUAUUUCUCGAAACAAUAUCACAGGAGAAAUAUCUCAAUGUCUCAAUCAUAUUAUUUCUUUAUCAAAUAUUCAGUUUCCAAGAAAACGUAUUUCUCAAUAUUUACCUCUAUUUACACUUGAAUCUAUUGGAACUGGCUCAUUCGAUGAGAAAGCAACAUUGGCAUGGAAAGGAGAAGAUAGGGAAUAUGGAAAAAAUCUCGGACUCAUGACAAUCAUUGAUCUUUCUUCCAACCACUUAACAGGAGAUAUACCACAAAGUAUAACAAAACUUGUGGCACUAGCUGGCUUAAAUCUUUCAAGGAAUAAUCUCACGGGAUUCAUUCCCAAAAACAUUGGUCAAAUGGAAAGAUUGGAAUCACUUGAUUUGUCCAAAAACUAUCUUUAUGGUAGAAUGCCGGAAAGCUUUUCAAAUUUGAGUUUUCUUAGCUACAUGGACUUAUCUUUCAAUAACUUAUCGGGGACAAUUCCACGUGGCACUCAACUACAAUCCUUUAAUGCCUCUACAUAUGUAGGGAAUAAUGGGCUUUGUGGUCUGCCACUCACAAACCAUUGUCCAGGGGAUGUGACUUCAUCAGCUAAAAUACCUGACAAACAUGCUACUGAUGAAGACAAAGAUGCAGAUGAACUCAUAACCUUUGGAUUUUACAUCAGCUUAGGGCUUGGAUUUUUUGUUGGAUUUUGGGGAAUUUUUGGAACUUUAGUUAUGAAAGCUUCUUGGAGACAUGCCUAUUUCCAGUUCUUCAACAACAUGAAAGAUCACAUACAUGUCAAAAUAGUGGUUUUCACAGCUAGAAUGAGAGGGGGUUAAAAAUUAAGCUUUUAAGGUCAAGCUUUAUUUGAGAUAUGAUAUGUUGCAGUGUCUUCAUUUCAUAUGAUAGAGGUUCAUUGCAUUGGAGAGAGACGGUGGGAAAAAAGGAGAAGAAAGGAAGUAAAAAGAAAAGGAUUGAAGAUUCAAGGAAGAGGACAUGUUUUGGCAAGAAAAAUGGAUUUUGAAGAUGUACUGGGCGCCCAGCGGCCUGCAGAGGCCGCCCUGCGCCCAAGGCGGUGCCAGAAACCUUCCCCUGAAGUUAUCUGGCCGCCCAGCACCCAAAACAGGCCGCUCAGCGCCCUGUACUGCGUUUUUUCAAUAUAAAAAGCUUCUCUUAAGAAUCUGGUGAAGAGAACUUGAGGAGAAUAGAACCCUAACAGGGGGAAACACUUGAGAGACAAGGAGAGAGGUUUAGGAGGCUAGAGAAGAGGCUUGGGUAUCGAAUUCGGCGGCGAGACAUCGCGACGGUUUCUGUUCUUCUAAUUCUUCUUCUUUAUUUGUAAAGCUAUCCAUUCAUGGAUAGCUAAUCUCUCUUUUGUUGGGAUUUGAUGUAGUUGUAUGAUACUUAUGCUCUCUAUGUGAUUCUCCUCAAUAUAAAGCAUGUUUCUAGUUGUUGA